GCGGCGGCGGCCGCCAUAUUGCGGAGCUGUCACAGAGUCCGCCGCGCUCCGCGCCGCAUCCCCGGCAAGCAGCGCGGGGCGGCCCCGCAGCGCCUCCUGCCCCGCUGCAAGGGGGCGGCGGGGGGGACACACCGCCCCGCCAAGAGCGGAGAGCGCCGCGCCACGAGCACCCUGUCCCGGGGGCUCGGCGCCCCCCUCCGCUCGGCGCCGCGGAGGGAGCGGAGUCCCAGAAGGGGGCAAAGAGUUUUUGGAAGAUUUAAGCGGACAGGAGACUACAGAAAACAACAAAAAUGCCGAAACCAAUCAAUGUCAGAGUAACCACAAUGGAUGCAGAGUUGGAAUUUGCCAUCCAGCCCAAUACAACAGGCAAGCAGCUCUUUGACCAGGUGGUGAAAACUGUUGGUCUUCGUGAAGUCUGGUUUUUUGGACUGCAGUACGUGGACAGCAAAGGCUACUCAACUUGGCUGAAGCUAAAUAAAAAGGUAACACAGCAAGAUGUACGGAAAGAAAAUCCUUUGCAGUUUAAGUUCAGGGCCAAGUUUUUUCCAGAGGAUGUAUCUGAAGAAUUAAUUCAGGAAAUAACUCAGAGACUUUUCUUCCUGCAAGUCAAAGAGUCAAUCUUAAAUGAUGAAAUAUAUUGCCCACCAGAAACUGCAGUUCUUCUGGCUUCCUAUGCUGUCCAGUCCAAGUAUGGAGAUUACAGUAAGGAGAUCCAUAAGCUGGGCUACCUAGCCAAUGACAGGCUUCUCCCCCAGCGUGUGUUAGAACAGCACAAACUGACAAAAGAACAGUGGGAAGAAAGAAUACAGAACUGGCAUGAAGAGCACAGGGGAAUGUUAAGGGAAGAUUCUAUGAUGGAAUACCUUAAGAUAGCACAGGACUUGGAAAUGUAUGGAGUCAACUAUUUUGAAAUAAAGAAUAAAAAAGGAACUGAAUUGUGGCUAGGAGUUGAUGCUUUGGGUCUGAAUAUUUAUGAGCACGAUGAUAAGCUGACACCCAAGAUUGGUUUUCCUUGGAGCGAAAUAAGAAACAUCUCUUUUAACGACAAAAAAUUUGUCAUAAAGCCAAUUGACAAAAAGGCCCCUGAUUUUGUUUUUUAUGCACCCCGUCUGAGAAUUAACAAGCGAAUUUUGGCACUGUGUAUGGGAAAUCAUGAAUUGUACAUGAGAAGGAGGAAACCUGAUACAAUUGAAGUGCAACAGAUGAAGGCCCAAGCUAGAGAAGAGAAACAUCAGAAACAAUUGGAAAGAGCACAAUUAGAAAAUGAGAAGAAAAAAAGGGAGAUAGCAGAAAAGGAAAAGGAAAGAAUAGAGCGUGAAAAGGAGGAAUUAAUGGAGCGCUUAAGACAAAUUGAGGAGCAAACAAUGAAAGCUCAGAAAGAGCUAGAGGAGCAGACCCGAAAGGCUCUAGAACUGGAUCAAGAACGGAAGCGUGCAAAAGAGGAAGCAGAACGCCUGGAAAAAGAGCGUCGAGCUGCUGAAGUAGCCAAAGCUGCUCUAGCCAAGCAGGCAGCUGAUCAAAUGAAGAACCAGGAGCAGCUAGCCGCAGAAAUUGCUGAAUUCACAGCCAAGAUUGCACUUCUAGAGGAGGCCAAGAAAAAGAAAGAAGAAGAAGCUUCAGAAUGGCAGCACAAAGCUUUUGCAGCCCAAGAGGACUUGGAAAAGACCAAAGAAGAACUGAAAUCUGUGAUGUCUGCUCCUCCUCCACCUCCCCCCCCACCAGUUAUUCCUCCAACAGAGAAUGAACACGAUGAACAUGAUGAGAACAAUGCUGAAGCCAGUGCAGAACUGUCUUCUGAUGGUGUAAUGAAUCACAGGAGUGAGGAAGAACGGGUAACAGAAACACAGAAAAAUGAACGUGUUAAGAAACAGCUCCAGGCUUUAAGUUCAGAGUUGGCUCAAGCCAGAGAUGAAACCAAGAAAACACAAAAUGAUGUCCUUCAUGCUGAGAAUGUAAAAGCAGGCCGCGAUAAGUACAAGACUCUCCGGCAAAUCCGACAAGGCAAUACAAAGCAGCGUAUUGAUGAGUUUGAAGCAAUGUUACAAAAGUACGAUCUCUUGCAACCCUUAGGAUAGGAGCAAGGUAAAGAUCUGCAGAGGACCUGGGGUCUGCCGAGGCCUGCUAUUGCACUUCUGUAAAUCUGGACAGUGUACAGUGCUUUAACUUAGAUGCCUGGUCUGUGAAGAGUUUUUGGAAGGACCAGGAAAUGCUGUUACAACAUUUCAUUAGUGUUUGAUUCUCUUGUGGUCUCUAAAUCUUUCCUUUUGUUGUCUUUUCCCAGGAGAAAAUUAGCUAUUUGAGAUAUUCAAGCUGUUGUUAUUUCCAGGAAAACAGGAAAUAAGACUAAUGUGUUAAUCUUUAACUUGUAAUGGGAUGUGCUAGAGUAAUGUGACCCUCCAGAGUGCUUGGGGCAUCCUAUAGGCUUUGUCCACAAGUGAUGUAGUGUGGGAAGCCUGACUUAUAUCCAACCUGGGUAAAGUGAAAUGACAGUAGAUACUUUCCAAGUUUUAUUGGUUUUCUACACAAUUUCUAAUAGCCUUGAUGAUACCUGAACAGUGUCAGAUAAUUUUCUAAUGUAAAAAUCCCAGUUUAAUAUGUCUGUAUAUACAUUCCCAGUGUAAGCACUCCGUUGCUCCUUGCCUUUUUGUAUGCUGUCAGGAUGUGCAUACUGUGUAUACGUAAUUGCUGGACUGUGCACCCUGCACAAAAGCCUGAAUAAAUGGGUUUUAACAUUCA